AUGGACAGCACAAUUGAUUCUCAGCAUGAGGACCUCCUCCCAAUAUGCACAACAGUUGGUUAUACCGUGAAUUUGCUCCCCCAAGCCGACCCGGGGGAGGAAAUUACAGUUCCAGGAUCGUCGACGAAGUAUUGGCUUCCUGAAAAUUUCGAGAAACACGAGACGGGAUCAAAGACAGUGAAUCACAGUCUUAUUUGUCGGACUGGAACAGAACUUGCCAAUGAAUUGCAAGUCAAUUCAAAAGUUUCUGCUAAUUAUUUCGGAUUCUCCGCCGAAGCUAGCGCGGGGUACGAAUAUAGCACAAAUUUUAAAAGUACAAGCUUGUAUGGAAUAUACAGUCUCGACCAGAAGAAUUACUCUAUCAAUGUAACCAACAAGCAGACGAUAUACGAUUCAGUGGAAGAUGAGUUCAUUGACGCAGCCGCUAAGCUCCCAGCUUGGAAGACAAUAUCUAAGGAUCUCAAAGAUUUCGAUGAAGUGACCAGCAUCUACAAUUCCGUAUAUGGGUACCAGCUUAAAGUGGAACAGAACGAAUUAACGGAAGAAGAUGAAGAGAAAUUCUCAACAAACGUGAAAGCGGAGUAUCAAGGUGCAAUCGGAGUUUCCGUCAGCGUUGAUGCCAAAUAUACGGAGUCGUAUAAACAUUAUACAUCACAACGACAAAGUGAUUGCAACGUUCUUGGAGGAGAUGCUGGAAAGGCUGGCACGCUUGCCCAUCUAUCGCCAGAUGACGCGGAUGCAUAUAAUGCAGCGUUCAAGGAGUGGCAAGAGAGUCGCGAAGAAGGCUCUACAGAUGCUCUCUUGCACAUACGCGUCGUGGAAAUUGGAAACUUCCUGAAAGACAGCUAUGUGAAAAGUCAAUUGGCAGUUGCUGAUCGUCUUUCCUCUGCCUGGUCUUAUUUUAAGGAUUUUUAUACCUUCCAGGGACAAUUGGUUGCUGAUGGCAUAUCCAAGGGCGAUGUCGUCAAAUUGGAGAUUACGCCUCUGCCCGGACUGGAGAUCCGUUUUACUAAAAAUGACGCUUUAACAGUAACUCAGACGAAAGCAAACAGUGUUGAAGUUACAUGCGAUAAUCAUUAUCAUGGGGAGUACCUUGACGUAACCAUAGUUGCUCCCGAUAGGCCGGUUCAGCUUCUGCUUAGCAAAAUUGCAGGAAACCCUAGCCUCGUUAUGAUUUUGCUUCAAUUAAACCAAUGUGGGCCCGACGACUUCCGAACGAUUUACGACAGGUCUGAUGCAAGACAAAAUGCGAGUAGUUUCAGAGAUCCACAUGAAUCAUGGUACCAAAGCAGGAAAGUUGUGAACUAG